UUCGUAUCCCUCGCAGCUCUCAAAACCCCAGUUGAGCCAAAAAAUCCGUCCUUCCCAUAAACUCAAGUAACCAGUCAUAAUCUUAAUCUUUUCAGAUGGGUUUCGAUUUGGGUAUCAAUAUAAUCAGUGAUGGGUUUAAUCCCAGUUUUUCCAACACUCACUUUUCCAAAUCAUUUCUCAAUUGUGACUUGUCUUUACCCUGAAUCACAAUGGAGUUACUAAAACUACUUUAAUGACCCUGUAUCUGGUGAUAAAUUCUCAAUGCAGACUAAAGAAUCAAAGUGGUGGUUCUCUAGUAUUCUCCAAAACUCUCAGAGCAGCAACACAAAGAAAAAGAAAAGCCCUAAACAUCUCAUUUCCUUGUUAAGAAGAAAAUGACAACAGUACCAGGGUCUUUGAUUUGGGAGAUCGUCAAGAGGAACAACGCUUUCCUCGUCAAAGAGUUUGGAAAUGGAAAUCAAAUGGUUCAGUUCAGUAAAGCACUCAACAAUCUUUGGUUAGCAAAUGCGAAAACAGUUUCAGUUCAAUCUGGAAAAGGUUCAGGUGUUGUUCUUGCUAACAAACAGAAGAACCCUUCAGCCUUGAACAAAAGAAGUAAAGAAGUACACAAAACUGUCAUGAAGAAGGAAUUCAGUAGAAUGGUUAAGGCUGCUGGCAACCAGGUUGCCGAUUACUUCUACAGAAGGGACUUGAAGAGUACAGCUCUUGCAAGGUUGAGCUCUGUGCACAGGAGUCUCAAGGUUGCCCUGUCUGGUGUUAAGAAGAUGAACAGGCAGACUUCCAAGAAAUCUAACUGGGUUUAAAGAUGCAGCAGUUGAUCUUUUCUUUUUGUUCUACAGAUGUCACAAGAGUUUUUGAUAUAUUAAUGUUAAAGAGUUUGAAUGAA